GCAGGUAACGACGCCGUUUAGGAAUGCGUCAUCUUCCGGAUUGCGGUGAUUCAGGGUUUUUAGCUAACUCCCCAGCAGCUCAACAUUUGGCUGUGUUCACUGCUCUUCGUUUCUUAUGAAUCCCCACUUCACAAAUGGAGCUUCUUUCUCCCAUUUCCUCUUCUCAAUCUCCAAUCCUUAGUAAUGGCCUUUCACUCUUCUCUCCCAGAUUUUCAAUUCCAAAUUCGAAUAAGAAAAACCCAUUCAGAAUUCAAGCACCCAGCUCCAAAAUUUACAGAUACCCAAGACUUAAUCUUCCAAGAUGUAGAAGGAACUUGGUGAUUUUUGCCAGUUUUUCUCGUCCGACCAGGCGCAGAAACUCGCUGAGGAAGAAACUCGCUCAGGAACAACAGGUACGCCGAAUUCACAUUCCCAACAAUCCAAAUUCUGAUUUUCAAUUGCCUGAAAGAAUUUCUGAACGUAGUGAGAGUUCUGGUCGUGUUGGUAGUGAUGUUAGUGAUACUUCCGUUGAGACGAGACCAAAAGGUUUAGGUGAAUCUGUUUUGUGGAAUAGAUUGGAGAAUUGGGUUGAUCAAUAUAAGAAAGAUAUUGAGCUUUGGGGGAUUGGUUCUGGUCCUAUAUUUACGAUUUUUCAAGAUUCAAAUGGGAAUGUCAAAUGGGUUUCUAUCAACAAGGACGAAAUUUUAACGAGAAGCCAGGUUGAGCCAGUGGAUUUGGACGAUCCAAGGGGUGUGAAUCAUAAAAUCUCCGCCGCGAAAAGGAUUGCUAGAGAAAUAGAGAAUGGGAAGAAUGUGCUUCCAAGGAAUAGUUCAGUUGCCAAGUUCGUAAUUCAAGGAGAUGACGAGUCUAGCUUUCUUAAGGCUGCUCAGGGUUUCAGUUUUAGGCCCGAGGUUUUUUCCAAGUUUUCGGGAGUUGGGGGCUUAGUUCUAUGUAGUUUUCUCUUACUCUUUUCUUUGAAGAAGUUGUUCACUUUCAAAAAGGAGGAUAUUGAAUUGACUGAACUGGAGAAAGAAAUGAUGAGGAGAAAGAUCAAAUCUAGAAAGGAGAAAGAGGUUCUGGAGAAUGGUAGAGUUGAAAUUAUUCAAGUACGUGCAGAGCCACCUAAGGUGUCAUUUGAAAAGCCCAGCUUAGAUAAACAAGAACUUAUGCGUACUAUAGCAAAAGAAAAAUCAAAAGUACCCAUUACCAAACUGGUUUUAGGAGAGUCUACUGGCAAUCUGAAUUCAGGUGUUGCAGAUUUGAGUAACAAAAUUCAGGAAAUAAGAGACAUGGCCCGUGAUGCACGGAGAAUGGAGGCAAAAGAAGACCCCUUGUCUUUCUCUGAUGAAAAUAAUCUAUUGUCUGUGAACGGAAGGUUGCCCAAUGAAGAUGAAACCAUUGAACAUAUGGAUGAGGGUGCCUGUUUUCUGUCCGAUAAUUUAAAACAUGAUAAUCACGUUCUCGAAGAUGUGGAGAGUGGUUUGCUUCACAAUGUAGCUUCAGUAGAGACGAAGGAUUUGCAAGUCUCAAGCACUUCAAAUGUAGUGCCACAUCGUGGGAAGAGCAUCACAUGGGAUGUUAAAGAUUGUAAGACUUCUUUAGGAAUUAUGGAUUCAAUGCAAUCUGAUUCUUACUGUGAGACCCAGAAAGUAGAAAAAGAUUCAGAACAAAAGAAACUAAAGAUCAUAAGAACAGUGAAGGAAGCUAGGGAGUAUCUUUCUGAAAGACGUCAAAAACAAAAGCCCGAGGAGAAAAUUCAAGGCAGAACUACCCAAGAAUUUUCUGCUGCUCCAAGGCUGCCAAACGAUAAUGUAUUGGAAAGUGAGACAAACAAGGAAGCAGACUCAAAAAACAUACCGUUCAAAUCUUCCUUUUCAUUUGGGGCGUCAGAUUCUUCAUCUUUGGUCAGUGACAAUGUUGAUUCUGCACUUAGGGAUAAAAAUUCCAUCUCAGUGAAGGACGACCACUCUAAAAGCUCUGUGGAAGGACACUCAGUAGGUGGCAGAGUAAAUCUCCACAAGUCCUUGAAUCGUGACUGUAAUGAUAGUGAUACAGAUACCAUGCCAUAUGGAGAAAAGAAAAACUGGAUAGAAGAUAAUUUUGAUGAAGUUGAGCCUUUUGUUAGAAAGAUCGGAGUUGGCUUUAGAGAUAAUUAUAUAGUUGCUAGAGAAAAAGGUGAACAGCAAUCUGAUGCCAAUUCUACAUUAGCACAACUACAGUAUGAAAAUGACAAUGAGGAGGAGCUUGAGUGGAUGAAAGACGAAAACCUUAGAGAUAUUGUUUUUAAGGUUAGAGAAAAUGAAUUGGCAAAUCGAGAUCCAUUCUAUGCAAUGGAUCCUGAGGACAAGCUUACAUUCUUCAAUGGUCUUGAGAGGAAAGUUGAGAGAGAGAAUGAAAAGCUGUUGAAGUUGCAUGAGUGGCUUCAUUCCAACAUUGAAAAUCUUGACUAUGGGGCAGAUGGCAUCAGUCUAUACGAUCCACCUGAAAAAAUCAUUCCACGUUGGAAGGGUCCUCCUUUUGAAAAGAGCCCUGAAUUCUUCAAUGACUUCCUGGAGCAAAGAAAGGCAAUUUUUGUUGGGAAAGCUGGCCUGCCUCUUUCUAUGAAUAAAUAUGAGCAGAACUCCUCUAACCCCAAUGGUAGCAUCGAAAAUAUCGAUGAUCCCAAUAUGGAAAUUCAUAAUCAAGAAAGAAAAGAUUCUAUGACAAUUAUAGAAAGUAGUGAUGGAUCUGUUAGACCUGGUAGAAAACAAGGGAAGGAAUUUUGGCAACACACAAAGAAAUGGUCCCAGGGAUUUUUGGAAUCUUAUAAUGCAGAGACAGAUCCAGAAGUCAAAUCCAUUAUGAAAGAUAUUGGAAAAGAUCUUGAUCGGUGGAUUACUGAGAAAGAAGUGCAAGAAGCUGCUGAUUUGAUGGACAAGUUACCUGAUAGAAAUAAAAAAUUCAUGGAAGAGAAAUUGAACAAGCUCAAAAGAGAGAUGGAAAUGUUUGGACCACAGGCUGUAGUAAGCAAGUACCGUGAGUAUGCAGAAGAAAAAGAAGAAGAUUAUUUGUGGUGGCUAGAUCUUCGUCAUGUACUCUGCAUUGAACUUUAUACGAUGGAAGAUGGGGAGCAUAGAAUAGGAUUCUAUUCCUUGGAGAUGGCUGCAGACCUUGAACUUGAGCCAAAGCCAUGCCAUGUAAUUGCUUUUGAGGAUGCUGGUGAUUGCAAAAACUUUUGCCAUAUCAUUCAAUCUCAUAUGGAAAUGUUGGGGACUGGUAAUGCAUUUAUUGUUCCACGUCCGCCUAAGGAUGCAUUUCGGGAAGCCAAAGCGAAUGGUUUUGGUGUUACAGUCAUUAGAAAAGGGGAACUUCAGCUCAACGUGGAUCAAACACUGGAAGAAGUGGAGGAACAAAUCACUGAAAUCGGUAGCAAAAUGUACCAUGAUAAGAUCAUGAAGGAUCGUUCUGUGGAUAUUAGCUCUUUGAUGAAGGGUGUAUUUGGUUUGAGAAACACACCAAGGAGAGGAAGGUCAAAACGAAAGUUAAAGAAACUUAAGGAAAAGUGAUUAGUUGAAGUUGCGCAUUUUUGCUGAUGGACUCUCAACUGUGCGAUGACACUGAGGGUUGGAAUGGUAUCCCGAGCAGCAUAUGUGGUCAAAAAAUCUCCUAACCCCUGAUCAUCUGGUCAAAUUUAUGGUUCAGUCUUGUUUCAUGCCUUUCUCGGAAUACAUUGUUGAUGGCAUUCUUCCAAUCUAAUAGCCUCACUCACAUUUCUGAGGUGGCCAUGGAGGUCUUGUUCGCUGCAUAAGUUUCUUACAGAUUCCUGUCAAGAGCUGCCCUUCACCUCAUAUUAAGAUAUGACAAACUGAUGUAUCUCACCCUCGGUCAUCACAAAUGACAACGUCGCAGAUAUAUUUUUUCCAGAGCUGAUAUCAAAGCCUUCUUUGUGUACUGCAAAACUAAUUAGUUUUCUUUUAGAUUUGUGAAUAUGCAGUUGUAACUUAUUUAUCAUUUUACAAUCUGUAGAUUAUAUGGUAGUUCCUUAACCAAGGUUUGAUAACAAA